AUGAAACUUUGGAGGUUCUCUGUAAGCACAACAUCCUCUACCAACAAGAAGAUUUCUUUGAUGCGCUGCAGCUGCUACUCGCUGACUACGACACCAAACAUAUGCGUCAACUUCUUGAACACCACAAGGCAAAUGCCAAUGGAUAUUUUACAAAAUUCACCAUUAAAAUACCGACGUUGUAUUAUUUCAAAUUCGGUCCCAGACACGAUAUUAUCAAGAUGCUUGGGGAAUACAAUGUAUAAUAACUUUUUGGUAUUAUUAAUUGUUAACAAUGAAGAUCAUAAAUUAUGUUAA